AUGCCUGAACAUCGGGUGGAGUGGACAGACGUAAAGGGAGCCCAGGAUGUAAAGGACGCCCUGAAGGAAUGCAUCCUGCUGCCCCUCAAAUUCCCCGCCUUGUUCAAGGGCGUGCGGGUCCCACACAGAGGAGUUCUGUUGCUAGGGGCUCCAGGAACCGGAAAGACGCUUCUUGCGCGUGCUCUUCAGACGGAGGCCGGAAGAGACGUCUCCUGCUUCUACGUUCACGCAUGGGACCUUCUCGGAAAGUACUCAGGUGAUCCGGAAGAGAAAUUGCGGGCUCUAUUUUCGGCAGCCCAGUCCCGGGAGCUGGCCAUCAUAUUUCUGGACGAUAUUGAGGUGAUCGGCUCAGACUCGGAGAACGACCGGAACAGGAGGGCAUGCAAUGAAAUGUUGAUCGGCUUUUCACAGCUCCAAAACUAUGUGUUUGUGGUAGGCCUCACCCAUGCGCCCUGGGCCAUUAACCUGGCGUUGUUGAAGCGAUUCAGCAAACGGCUUUAUAUGCCUCUUCCUGACACGGACGCACGGACGGAUAUACUGGGCGCCCAGCUCCGCUCCAUGGACCACACGCUCAGGGAGGAGCACCUCCGGAGCCUUAGUUCCCGGUGCGCGGGGUUCAGCGGGUCCGACCUCGUAGUGCUUGUGCGUGAUGUCGCCAUGGAACCCGUCCGCAGGCUCCAGGCCGCCACAUACUUCAAAAAGGUGACAUUACAGUCAUGA